UAAGGUGAGUCACAUGACCGUGUCCCCAACCGAAGCCAGUAAAUAUCAGGCUAGCUAGCACUCUUUUAGCUACUCCCAGUUCCAGUAGACCAGACCAUGCUUUUUCAGCUGUCAUCGGCCAGUUGUCAGUCCAGCGUGUGUAGCCUGUUCGGUGGUGCUUUUCGUUAAGCGAUGACCUCCCAGUAAGAGAGACUCCGUCCUUUAAAAAAAAUCAGCUCUGUAGACUUGGCUGGCUUUACAGGUUAGCUUAGCGCUAGCAAGCUGCGUCCAGAGGAGGUGUCGUUGCUAGUGACUAUGCAAGGGGAAACCACGACGAUCCGAAUCACGGAAAACGAAGGCAAGCUGGAUGUAUAUCCCCAGAACAGGACCCCGAGCUCGGGGAGAGCGAGUGCCAAAAGCUGGCAGUACAGCGAUCACAUGGAGAAUAUUGAUGGCUACCUGAUGAAAUAUACCAACCUGGUGACAGGCUGGCAGUACAGGUUCUUUGUCUUGAACAACGAGGCGGGCCUGCUUGAGUAUUUUGUCAAUGAGCAGUCACGGCCACAGAAGCCCCGUGGCAUGCUCCCUUUGGCCGGGGCCGUCAUUUCCCCAAGUGAUGAGGACUCGCAUACCUUCACUGUCAAUGCCAUCAGUGGGGAGCAGUACAAGCUCAGGGCCUCUGAUGCCAAAGAGAGGCAGCACUGGGUCAGCAGGCUACAGAUCUGCACGCAGCACCACACAGAGGCCAUGGGGAAGAGUCAGCCUCCAUCAAAGUCCCGGAGUUACUCCACGGCGUCUCAGGGCAGCGGCAGCUCCCCGAUGUCCAUGCGCCGGCACAGCCAAAACCCCGCCUCUUUGUUUGGCUGGUCGCAGGUCAGAGGCUCGUCGGCCUACUCCAGUAAGAGGUCCCUGCUGCCCGACCACCUGAUGGACGCAAGAGAGAUGAUGAGCCAAGCCCAGGGUCAGCACAAAGACCUGAUCCAGGGCAUUGAGGGCCUGCCUGCGACUCCUGGCCUUUCCCCCCUGGACCAGGACCUGCUGAUGCUCAAGGCCACUUCUAUGGCCACCAUGAACUGCCUCAAUGAGUGCCUGCACAUCCUCCACCUGCAGCAGGUGGCCCGACAGAGAAGCUCCCUAGGAGGACCCACCAUUGAGUGGCUGGAGCCCAAACUGCCCGACAUCCUGAAGAAUGGCAGCAGCUCUCUGGGCAGCUUCGCGACAGGUGAGGGCCCGCUGGAGGGGAACCACUUGGAGCUCAGCAGCCCCGAGUCCUGCAACUUCUCCGGGGAACAGGAAGACAUAGAUGCAGAGGAUGAAUUGGAGGACUCCUUUACGGACAAGGAGGAGGACCUGGGUGCCGUGGAGGAGGAACGGAGCGUCAUCCUACACCUGCUGUCGCAGCUGAAGCUGGGGAUGGACCUCACGCGGGUGGUCCUCCCCACCUUCAUUCUCGAGAAGCGCUCUCUGCUGGAGAUGUACGCAGACUUCAUGUCCCAUCCGGAUCUCUUUGUGACCAUCACAGACGGCAGCAGUCCGGAGGACCGCAUGGUCCGGUUUGUGGAGUACUACCUCACCUCCUUCCACGAGGGCCGCAAAGGCGCCAUUGCCAAAAAACCCUACAACCCCAUCAUUGGCGAGACCUUCCACUGCUCCUGGAAGGUGCCCAAGAGACCAGACGCCUCCAAGGAGCCUUCACAGGGAAGCCCCGACCCCACUGCUUCCAGCCAGGACUCCUACCAAGUGCGCUUUGUGGCGGAGCAGGUUUCCCAUCAUCCCCCUGUGUCUGGUUUCUACGCCGAAUGCCAGGAGAGGCGGAUGUGUGUGAACACACAUGUGUGGACCAAGAGCAAGUUCAUGGGCAUGUCCAUCGGGGUAUCGAUGGUGGGGGAAGGUUGUCUGUAUUUGCUGGAGCACGAUGAGGAGUACACCUUCACGCUGCCCUGCGCCUAUGCUCGCUCCAUCCUCACCGUUCCCUGGGUGGAACUUGGCGGCAAAGUCACCAUCAACUGCGCCAAGUCGGGUUACUCGGCAGUCAUUACUUUCCAGACUAAACCCUUUUAUGGAGGCAAAUUACACAAGGUAACAGCAGAGGUGAAGCACAACUCCACCAAUGCAGUGGUGUGCCGCGUACAGGGCGAGUGGAACGGCGUCUUGGAGUUCAGCUUCACUAACGGAGAGAUGAGGGUGGUCGACGUCACCAGGCUGCCUGUGACGAAGAAGCACGUGCGGCCAGUAGAGAAGCAAGGACCGACUGAAUCCAGGCGCCUGUGGCAGCACGUGACCGAGGCUUUACGGCAGAAAGACGUCGAGAAAGCCACUGAGCAUAAGACGGUCCUCGAGGAGAGGCAGCGGACAGAAGAGAGGCACCGUGUCGAGACAGAAACCCCCUGGAGGACCCGAUACUUUGACAGAGAGGGUGAAGGUUGGGUUUAUCACAAGCCACUUUGGAAAAACUCUACAUUCAAAUCCUAGUUUCUUCAGCCCUCUCCUAUCUUGGAUGUUGAUAUUGUAGAUUCAGGUGUGUGUGUGUGUUUGUGAGUGUGCCGGAGUGUGUCUGCGUGCACACACGCAUGUGGCCGUUGGUUAUGAAAUGACAAGCAUGACCUGCACUGACGUACAGACGAAUGCGACGCUGAGGGGGGAGAAGGACCGAGACGGCAUGACCGAAGGUGUUCUCGAAUCUCUCACAUGAUGUUCAGGAAGAGUACAAGUUUUUGUACUGCAGAUUAGGUUUUUGUUUUAAAUAAUCUAAUGUCAAUGAAAACAUAUUCUUGUACAGGUAAUGGUACUCUAUUUACACAGCCUUAAGAUGAUCUGAUGAAUGAUACUCUGUUUGGACUCGGAUGAUCCGCCUGGAUAUGGUUUCUUCUUCUUCUCCUCUUUUUAAACUGUGGUCUAACCUGAGGAUAAAGGGACUUUUGGUGAAUAUCUUCUUUAAAUAGGAAAGAAAAUCCCCAAGUAACUGGAGAAUACAUCUCAUAAAGCUGAAUCUGUGUAUUUGAGCUGAUAAAACAGAAGUCAUUCCCUCUGUCACUGGAUGUAUUUACUUACUCGUGGUGUUUUGAUCUGAGCAGUACAGAAACAUUUAGUGGAUGCCUCCCAGAGUAAUUAUUAAACGGGGCAAUUUCCCAGAGUAUAUACAUAAAAUAGCACAUUGAGCAGUGCUUACAGAAAUUUACGUACUUUAAAAUGACAGAUUUAAAGAAAAGUACUAAAAAUUAAAAAAUAACGGCAUCUGAAUACUGAACACUAAAUUCACUCACUGUUUACUGUAGACUGCACUGCGUUUAAUGUGUUUACUCUCAUUUUAUACAUUUAUUUAUCUUGUCACUCUGAAGGAAAGGCCCCAGUCAUAUAGGCCUAGAGACAGGUUGGCAACCUGAUGGCAACCACCAGUUGGUAGGUGGUGCUGGCAGUUGCAAAGAAGGUGCACUAGAACUGCUUUAGUUUCUAACAUGUUGCUUAUAGUUUGCUUGGAAGGCACCAACUUGUCUGCAAACACUUUGCAAUGGCUCUCUGAGCAGUAGUGAAACUAUGAAGAGUGCAAAACAAGCCUGUAAUAGAGACCGCUCACCCUCAAGGUGGAAGUUGAGUCCUUUAAAACAUGUUUUCAGUAAUAAGGCGUACUUUUACUUUGAAUUUGAACGGUGUCUAUUUCCGGUUUGCAUCACAUUCCCAAUUCGUAGUUUCACUCCUGCUCAGAGAGUAGUUGGGAGACUGUUUGGAUAACACCCAACGUUUCUUUGCACCAACUACUCACGACCUUUCACCGAAGCAAUAACAAAGAGGUUAUUGGUGCCAGCACCCUAUAUCGCUUUGCGAUCAGUUUUACCUUGCAACUGCUGGGAACCACUCCCCAAGCAGUUUGGAAAUAUGCCCCCCUCCCCCAGUGAUGAGAGGUUGCCUGGGGUUUCCAGGUGUGCGUAAGAAGCCUAAGAUGACCUUGGUGGCAUCACUAUGACUCUAUUAGGGUUUUUUUUUUGUUGUUGUUGUUUUUUAAAUCAUAAAAUUUAGUUCAAGCUCCCCUUUAAGCUGUAAGCAGAUCCAUCUUAGGGUUUGGUGAUGGGUAAAAUUCUCCAACAGUUCCAAAUAGUUACCGUGUCCAGUAGUGGGUGCUGUGUUUGUGCAACAAUUGCUCAGUAAUGCAUUGUGCCACGAGGUUUCCUUAACAUCAACCGUACAUUUCCAGAGGGGUGUACAACAAAGCAAGUUCAACAACCUAAAAACACGUUCACAGAUCAUCUGUUGUACUAAUCAACUUUGUUAACUUUCGAACGUUAUUGGAUUUCAUGACUUAAAUAAUCUGAUAUAUUGGUUAGUUUUUCUUGAGAUUUCCCUAAUGUUUGUUAUGUAUGAUUGUUUAUUAGCCGUUACUAAGGGCAUUGCAGUUCAAAAAUAAUCUUGUUUUAUUGUCACAAGUAAUGGAUUACUCUGUUAAAGUCUGCUUGGAGCAGUUGGUUAUUGUUUGUGGCUUCCAAUACGUUGCCAGCAGGAAGUUGCAGAGUGCCCUCUGGUGGACACACAACAUCAACCCCUGGCAAGGCUGAAGGGUGUUUCUCUCAUUUCUUUCUUCCCUACUUUAUCACGUUUUCAUUUUAACAGUUAUUAAUGGCAACAGAUUAGCACAUCGCUGACAUUAGCUAAUAGCUGAGAUGAGCCAAUAGCUAAGAUUAGCGCUGCUCUGAAAAUAACCCGCUCCACACCAGGUUGUUUGGCAUAAAUAAGGUUAGCACGUUGUUAAAGCAGGCCAUACAAAAGGCGUCAUACGUUUUGUGAUUUGGUGAUUUAUCCAGUUUGAACCCCCCGCACACACACGCCUUUGUGAUGCUGAAGACAUUGACUUUAGGCUAAACUUAGCUUGUUAUCCUUUCAUCUUGCUUCAUAGUACACCCCUCAGGUCUGUACAGCAGAAGGAGGCACCACCUUGUGGCACUAUUCAGCAAUUGCACUUUACAAGCUAAAUAAUUCUCAAGACAGACCACUAAAAGAACAAAACUUGCACAUUGACACUCCCCAUUGUAAGUGCUUAGUAGUGCAUUCGUGAGCAACUAUGAUGCAGAGUUUUAGGUAAGUAGGUCAGACCAAAAAACAGUGUUUUAAAAGAGCUAAAUGAGCACGUAACCAGCCAACAUGUACACUGAAUUUAACGCCAAGUUUAGUCAGUGUACGCCCUUGUUGAUGAUCACUAUAAAUUCCUUUAGAAACACAAAAAGUUUCCUUUCAAAGCUUCAGCUCUCAAUUUAAUGCUGAAUACUGUUAAUAUUGAUGUGGGUUUUGUUUUUGUUUGUUUUUUUGACAAGUUCACGUUGCUGGAACAGCAUGUUGUAGACUGAAAAUUAGCUAAUUUAAUUAAAUAAUUAAAUGAUUCAGUCGCAGGUGAAUGCUUCUUAAAAGGACAAAAAUGCUAUGCCACUCUUCAUGUCUUUUGCCUUUUUUCUUUGUGGUUUUGCAGUGUUUGGAAAAGUCCUGCAGCAUGAUAGCAAACUCAAACUAAAUUUCCUGAUGUCUGUUGUGAAAGCUUUUAACCAAAUUUGCUUCCUUUUGUAAUGUAAAUAAAUAUUUUCUUUAAAUGUGUGUCCAUCCCCGAGCUUGCCCUUCUUAUUUCUGGAGUCACUUUGAGUACUUCAUGUUCAAUCAGUGUUUGUUUUCCUCUUUGAUUCCACUCUACCGUGCUGUGAUAUAUACAUGAUAUCCUGUAUGUAUCGCCUCCCUGCUAAAGCAACACGUUCUGAGAGCAGAAAGCCACCCUGCCAUUGAUAAGCUACCCCCUUCAAAUCUCGGUGCCUUAUGUAAACUCUUCAUGUGCGUGUGCCGUCCAGCAAGGAGCACGGCACUCAUCACCUACUUAUCUGACCGAUGCAAUGAUGUAUGUAUUGUUAACGUGUGUUUGAUUUCUUUUUCUUUUUUGUUUUUUUAAAAAAAAAUCAAUGCUUGACGUCGAGACUUCGACUGAGCACUUUUACUAACGGUUUUGACAUCCUCCUAGUUUUUGGAUUCUGCUGGUUGUCUCGCAGGUCUCUGAAAUGCACUGAAGGAAACCUGGUAUGGGAAAAAAUGGAUGUGUGAGAUAAUCUAAUAAAUGGUGUAUCACUUGUA